AUGAGCAGAUCAAAUCCUCGCUCUAACGUCGCCCGCUUCGAGCAAAGGGCGAUUAAUGUCAACAAGAUGUCUAAAUGGUCGAAGCGUAUCCAAGUAUUCACUUGGUUCACUGUAGGCUUCACUGGUUUCUACAUGGUGUUAUUCAAUGACUAUGACAACGUCUCAGACAACCACGUCUAUAGUGAUAUACAACGCUGGGCGCAAAAUCAGAAGCGUGCACUGCUAGGCGAAGCCCAGGUUGACGGAACAGGCAAAGCGUCUACAAAGGACAUGUUCAAUGUCGAAGAAAGACGCAAGCCUCAAGCUUGA